AUCCUGCACCCCUAUGAAAAGUGCCUUUCUGAGCUUUAUCAAAUCAGAGUCCCCUUUACUAUCACACGCUUGACCCCCAUCCAUGUCUUCCGCACAGUUCAAGUCGAACGUCAAUGAGUAUCUUGAAGGACUUCCUGAGACGGUCCACUCGCGGUUGUACCGUUCACCUGCAACGUGCCUCGCGAUCUACCGACUCAUCCCGCCGAUGGCGAAAUUCUACAUCAUGUCGAUGGUGUUCAACGAAAAGCCGGUACUUCUCCGUGACCUUGACAAGUGGAUCAAGCCACACGGACGGCGCCACCAGGUUGAGUCGUUAAAGCGUAUCCGCGCGUUGCAUAUUGUGAAGGACGAGCACAACGGCUUAGUGCUCUCGCUAAAUCCGAUUUUCCGGACAAGUUUCCGAAACGCGCUUACGGGCGGGGAGACAAACAAUGCGUUCGGGGUGGCGUGCGAUACUGAAGAUAACCACCAGGUGGAUUUACCGUUUUUGGACACAUAUGCGGCCAAUAAGUGGGAGACAAUUUUGCACUACAUGGUCGGAACCGAGUUGAACGAGCUCCCGAGCGACGGGGUGUUGCAGUUGCUCAAACAUGCAGGGCUAAUGGAGGGGCGUGCGGGCGCCAUGUCCAUCACGAAAGAGGGCUUCCAGUUCCUCCUCCAAGACGUGAAUGCUCAGAUCUGGACGUUGUUGUUGCAGUAUCUCAGAGUGGCGGAGUCGUUGCAGAUGGAUCCUGUGGACGUGUUGAACUUCAUCUUCAUGUUGGGGUCGCUUGAGUUGGGCCGUGACUACUCUCUCUCCGCAUUGAGCGAGACCCAGAUCAAGAUGCUCGAGGACUUGCGCGACUACGGCUUGGUGUACCAACGCAAGUCGACGUCGCGGAGGUUCUACCCGACACGGCUCGCGACAACCUUGACCUCUGAGUCUAUGGCGAUGAAAACGCCGGCUGCCGCGAUGAAGGAGGCCUUAAAGGAGGAGGAUGCUGAGCCGGAUAAGGUGAAUAUCCUUUCUUCGACCGCAGACGGCUCGGUUAUCAUUGAGACAAAUUUCAAGUUGUACGCGUACACAACCUCGCCGUUGCUGAUUGCUAUUCUUAACUUGUUUGUGCACCUUAAGACACGGUUUGCCAACAUGAUCUGUGGCCAGUUGACCCGCGAGUCGGUCCGCCAUGCAUUAUACAACGGCAUCACUGCCGAGCAGAUCAUUCUGUUCCUAGAGAACCACGCGCAUCCGCGGAUGCGUCGCCUCGGGGAGGAAAAGUUGAACAAGCGGCUCGAGUUCGACCGCAACAAUAACAUCAAGCCCGCUGCUGGCGCGGCCAUGGACGAAUAUCGUCUUGAAAUCCUCCCUCCUACUGUGGUGGACCAGAUUAAGUUGUGGCAGUUAGAGAUGGACCGCAUCCAAACCUGGGACGGUUACUGUUUUAGCGACUUUAGUAACGUCCAGGAAUUUGAGUUAUUGAAUGCGUACGCUGAAGAGAUCGGGGUCUUGCUCUGGAGCGACAAAAACAAGAAGAAGUUCUUCAUCACCAAGGAAGGCAGGCAGCAGGUCGUAGAGUACGCGAACAGAAAGUUGAGAAAGAAGAGGUAGGCCACGCAAAGGCUUGGGUAAGAGCUGAGAUGGGUAGAUGGAAUAAAACGCAUUAAUAAUCCAUCAUUUACGUUUGUUCAGCAGAUGUCUUUCCCUCUCGGGUAUCUCCCUAUACACUUUUACCGAACUUUGAUAGGCCAUUGGCAGAGAUUUAUGGUGACAGCUAUUACCAUACUAUAUAACUGGUAUAGACAUUUACUAUGUGAACUGGAAAUAGCAGCCGCAUAGCUUGAAUUUUAUGGAACGAACCCCGUGAUUUUAACUAUUUUUUCACGGCUUGGUUAUGAAAACUAGGAUGUUAACUGGAAGAUUGGAGCGUUUGCGUAUUUGUCUCAAGUAUUGUGUACUAUUCAGACUGGUCUGACGAUAAUCUGUUGAAGUUGUCAUAACCUCACACCAGACUAGGUUUAAUAUAACUGGGAGAUAUAUAUAUUUAAACCAGGAGAAAAGAUACCGACGUAAACAGUGCAUUUAAACUAUGCUACUUGCGCUUGGUGC